AUGUUCAACGCUACCCAGCAUCGCGGUAAUCCCAACUUAGGGCCUGCGCCGCCGGGUCAGCCCAAUCACCGCCUCAAUGAACUCUUCGAUUCGCUGCGCGCCGAGUUCGAAAACCAGAACAGGAACUCUGAGCAAUAUGAGAGCCACCAAGCUCAACAGAUCCAAGAGAUGGAGCUCAUUCGCAACAAGGUCUAUCAGCUUGAGCAGAACCAACUCAAGAUGAAGCAGGAUUACGAGCAAGAAAUCCGUGCUCUGCGGCACGAACUAGAUCUCCGUGGUGGUGCGCCGCCUGUUCAGUCUCAUGUUGGCGGUCCUCUCCAGCAUGGCGGCCCCAACCAGCCACCUCCGUCCCUCGGUCAUGGACAAGGCGGUCUCUUCAGUGGAAUAAUGGCCAACCAAGGUCAAGGCGGACCAGGCCUGGCGCCUCCUCCGGAGCAGCCACCUCCACAACAGCAGCACCCAUUGGGCCCGCCUCCUGGACAAGGUCAAGGACCUCCGCAGCCACCCAAUUCAUUUCCAGCGUAUCAACCCCCUGCGUUGAAUGGCUAUUCUCAGCAGCCUCCGUCCAAUUCCCCGCUGAACAAGAAUCGCAACAUCCCCAACAGGGGACCGGGACCUGCGACACCUCAACAGCACCCUGGCCAGCCCCAAUUGCCAUAUCAAAAUGAUCCAAGAGCGUCGCCGCAGAUGCCGCGACCGACGCCCCCAGGUGGUCAUGAUAUGGCGUUGUCUCGACCACAUCAGCCGCUAGGGCCCACCCACUUCUCGCAGAUCGGCAACAACCUCUCCGACAUCGACUUGAAUGAGCUGCCGGGACAUCUGAAGAUCCAGGCCGCCGACUGGCAUGCAGUCUUCAAUCCUAAUGUCCAAAGACAACUCGAUGUUCAACUGUUGCACGAUCUCAAGCACGAAAGUGUUGUUUGCUGUGUGAGAUUCUCGCAGGAUGGCAAAUAUGUUGCUACGGGAUGUAACAGAUCUGCGCAGAUCUUCGAUGCUCACGACGGCCGAAAGAUUUGCGAACUGCAGGACACUCAGGCAGAGAAAGAAGGCGACCUGUAUAUUCGCUCCGUCUGCUUCUCACCAGACGGCAAACUCCUAGCCACUGGCGCCGAAGAUAAGCGCAUCCGUGUCUGGGAGAUUGCCUCGCAACGUAUCCGCAACACUUUCGAUGGGCAUGAGCAAGACAUCUACUCGCUAGACUUCGCCAAGAACGGCCGGUUAAUAGCCUCUGGGUCUGGCGAUAAGACCGUCCGAUUGUGGGAUAUUGACACGAACUCACAAGUUAUGGUCCUCAGCAUAGAAGAUGGGGUCACCACCGUUGCCAUGUCUCCCGACGGGCGCUACGUGGCAGCUGGCUCGCUCGACAAGAGUGUGAGAGUGUGGGACUGCAGUAGUGGCUAUCUUGCAGAGCGUCUGGAAGGCCCACAGGGCCAUAAGGACAGUGUCUACAGUGUGGCAUUCUCUCCGACUGGUCGCGAACUGGUCUCAGGUAGUCUCGAUAAGACCAUUAAAAUGUGGGAGCUUGGGACUAGCAACCGCAAUCUCGGCCAUAAUGGGGGCACAGGCAAGUGCAUCCGAACAUUCGAAGGACACAAGGAUUACGUGUUGAGCGUCUGUCUGACACCCAACGGUGACUGGGUCAUGUCUGGUUCGAAAGACCGUGGCGUGCAGUUCUGGGAUCCUCAGACUGGAAACGCCCAUAUGAUGUUGCAAGGACACAAGAACAGCGUCAUCUCUGUUGCGCCAUGUCCGACGGGCCACCUCUUCGCGACCGGCUCCGGCGACAUGAAGGCUCGCAUUUGGAGCUACGGACGAUACCAGCCAGGUCAACUCUAG